UUAAACAUUUAUGAUUCAGAUUCGCUUUAGUUUAUUUAAAAAUGAAACUGGCUACGUUAAUGAAGUUGUAUCUCCGGAAAAAUAUCUCUCGACGGCUGUUUUUAAUUCUGCGACGUAAGAUACUUCGACGGAGACGAAAAACAUAUUUUCAUGACGAAUGGCGUGCAGCAUCAUUUAGCCUGAAUGCUUUAAGCGAGAAGGAAUGCUGGGAUUUUUUCCGCUUUAAGAAGCAUGAUCUUCCUAUGUUGGCGACGGCGCUUAAAAUUCCGGAUUUGGUCUGGACUGCAGAAGGAGACUGUGUGAAUGCUGUGGAGGCCUUGUGCAUUUUGUUGCGCCGUCUGUGUUAUCCAAAUCGAUGGAUUGAACUGCGUACAUUUUUUGGCCGUUCCCAAGGUUCUAUGUCGAGAAUUUUCUACGCGGUCUUGUCAGUACUGGAUCGCUUGUGGUCGAAGCAUCUUUCCCGCCUGGAUCAUCCCUGGUUGUCAGAAGAAGAUCUCGCAGGGUACGCGUCGGCUAUCUCACAGAAAGGAGGUGUUUUCCCUGAUGUUUUUGCCUUUAUUGACGGGACGGCGCGCCCCAUUUGCCGACCAACAUAUAACCAGAAGAUCAUGUACAGCGGCCAUAAACGUCUCCACUGCACCAAGUGGCAGUCUAUUUUACUACCAAACGGAUUAAUUUGCAACCUGUACGGCGGUGAACCUGGUAGUGUCCAUGACAGUCGCAUGUUUCAAGAGAGUAAAAUGCUCGGGCGACUGAAAACCAUGCAGAGCACCUUUUGCCGGAAAUUCGCGUUAUAUGGAGAUUCUGGUUAUGGAAUGAACGAUUAUUUAAGGAAGCCGUACUCAAAACUUCAGACAGCGUACAACCGCGUGAAGAGACACCAGAACGAUGCCAUGAAAACUGUUCGGGAAUCUGUGGAAUGGGGGUUCAAGGAAGUGGUUGUUAAAUUCGCUUUUGUAGACUUCAGAAAACAGAUGAAGUUAUUCGAGAAACCCGUUAACAAAAUUUUUCGUAUGGCUGUUUUUUUGACAAAUUGUUGUAACUGUUUGUACCCUAACCAAGCAAGUCAGUAUUUUAAUGUUGAACCACCAACACUGGAAGAAUACCUGUGUUAA